AUGGAGCCAUUUUCAUUUGCAAGCUCCGAGUCCCUAGACUAUCCAGUCAGCAUUCGCAUCAUUAAUCUAGAGGGCGACGAAACACCAUUUCUGCAUUCUACUUUAUUGGAAAAGUCCGAGCUGAGGCAUAUCGGCUCUAACACGAGUUCGCACUCCGAUCUCUACGUCACCGUUCAAGUAUGGGCUGGCUCAAAGCCGUUGACAGUGCCUAUCCAGACGGCAUACAAAUCGUUUCGGAAUGAGAGGAGAUGGAACGAAUGGCUCACGCUUCCGAUCAACUACCAAACCCUCCCUCUGAACUCCUGCUUAGCCAUUACACUUUGGGACUCGUCUCCGGCUGGAGGGAAACAAGCCAGAGGCCAUGCGAUCCCCUUCGGCGGCACAACACUCCCGCUGUUCGACCGAGACAACCAGGUGCAGAAGGGCCGGCAGAAGUGCAUGGUCCACCGACACAAGAACGCUGAUGGAAAUGACAACACUGCUACGCCUGCGGUUCCGCGUAAGAAACGGGACGGUUCGAGGAAAGGAGCAGCUCCGACCGUAGAUAAGGAUGCUGAAGAGCUGGAGCGCAUGGAGAAGCUUUUCAAAAAGCACGAGAUGGGCGAGAUACCCAGGGUCGACUGGCUUGAUCAACUCGUCUUCCGGGGCUUUGAGAAGCGCGGACUGCAGUCAGCAAAAGCCUCACUCAAGACUAUGCAACGUCAGAGGGCGACAAACGGAGAUGCAUCAACUGAAAAGGGGGAAGCCUCGGGCGAGAAGGACAUCGUGGACACCGAAUCCCAUCCAGGAUUUUCCAAGUUCCAGCUCAACGUUGAGCUGCCGCGAUUCGACUUUCCAGUCGUUUUCGCCGACCUGGAGUAUGACCCCCCGCCAAUUUCGGCACUCCAGCAUGGGUCUGCUUCUCAAUCCAAUGUAAUGCUCAAGCCGCCUCCCGAAGUGCAGUUUGGUCCCGGUAUCAACGCGCUUGACGACUCAGCUGGGAGCCGUUUAAUGAAGGUGUAUGACCCCGAGGUCGGUGCUCGCGACAACCCGGCCGAAAGCAAGCACAGAAGGCUUGUCAGAAGUCAGCAUCGUCACGGGGUUCUCGACAAAGAUCUCAAACCAAAUGCCAAGGUCCGCGAUGAGCUGAACCUCAUCAUGUCGUACUCGCCAACCCACACGUUGACCCCAGAGGAGAAGGAUCUUAUUUGGAAGUUCCGCUACCAUCUUACUCGCGACAAACGGGCUGUCACCAAGUUUGUCAAAUCAGUCAACUGGCAAGACCAAAGCGAAGCUAAGCAGGCGGUGCAAGUCUUGGGACGCUGGACCGAAAUCGACGUCGACGAUGCUUUGGAGUUGCUCGGCCCCACCUUCGACAACCAAGCUGUUCGGGCAUAUGCUGUGGAAAGACUACGUAAGGCGGAUGAUCAUGAGUUGCUCCUUUACCUGCUGCAAUUGGUGCAAGCUCUGAAGUAUGAGCACAUUCGAGCCGAUUCUUCCCAAGAGGCCAUCCAGGAUUCGUCUCUGGCCCAGUUUUUGAUAUCCCGUGCCGCCGGUAACUUCCUUCUCGGCAACUACUUCCAUUGGUACCUGAUGGUCGAAUGCGAUGAUCACAGUCCUGAGCAGGGGUUGGAUAAUCGCAACAUUUACCGGAAAGUGGCUUACGACUUUAUGACUGAAUUGGUGAAGCAACCGGAUGGAGUCGAAUCGAGAAAGACGCUCCUAAGACAGGCUGAGUUAAUCGCCAUCUUGUCUAAGAUUUCCGGCGAAGUCAAAACAUCGCACGAAUCCAUCGCAAAAAAGACCGACCGCGUCAAACAUUUCUUAGCUGAUCCGAAGAAUGAAAUGCUAACUAUCGACCCGCCAUUGCCUUUGCCGCUCGACCCUACUAUGUUAGUUAUUGGCGUGGUACCUGACGAAACGACCGUCUUCAAAUCGUCUCUUUGCCCAAUCAAGGUCACCUUCAAAACCACCACCGGCAAGAAGUAUCCAAUCAUAUUUAAGACCGGCGACGACUUGCGUCAGGAUCAGUUGGUCAUUCAAAUCAUUACUCUCAUGGAUCAACUACUGCAGAAGGAAAAUUUGGAUCUGAAGCUGUCUCCCUACAAGAUUCUGGCUACCAGUACGACAGCAGGCGCUUCCCAGUUUGUUCCAUCCGUCAGCUUCCAGAGCAUUGCUUCGAAGUUCAAGAACAACCCAGCACUGACCUACUUGAAAUCCAACAACCCUGAUGACCGACAACCCCUGGGCUUGCGUCAGGAAACAUUGGACACCUACGUCAAGUCUUGUGCAGGAUACUGCGUGAUUACCUACAUCCUGGGUGUAGGCGAUCGGCAUUUAGACAACCUGCUCCUCGCUCCAGAUGGUCAUUUCUUCCACGCUGACUUUGGAUUCAUCCUGGGACGAGACCCCAAGCCUUUUGCACCGGUCAUGAAGCUCUCCAAGGAAAUGGUGGACUGCAUGGGCGGAGUCAACUCAGAGCACUUCAAACAAUUCAAGCAGUAUUGCUUCCUAGCAUACACUGCUUUACGCAAAUCCUCCAACCUUAUCCUCAACUUGUUUAGCUUGAUGGUAGACGCGAACAUUCCUGAUAUUCGACUGGAGCCCGACAAGGCAGUUCUGAAGGUUCGUGAAAGAUUUCACCUGGAACUCACAGAGGAGGAAUCGAUGCUGUUCUUUGAAAGGAUCAUCGAAGACACGCUCGGAGCCAUUGCCCCUGUUGUCAUCGAUAAACUGCACGAGCUAGUGCAGGCUUUCCGCAACUGA